AUACUUCGUCUCUCACGCUUCCUCUUUUUCUCCCUCGACUCCAGCCCGCGUCUGUUCCAUCAGCUACUUAAAGCUGAGGUCAGUCGCUUGCCCUUUCCUCUUCUUCCUAUUGUUUUUCCUCGUCUUGGAGCUCCCGAUCUCCAUCGAUUACGAGCUCCGAGAAGAUGACUUUCAAGUCGGUCUUUUGUUGUCUGCAGGAUGUUUUCCCCCAAGUAGAUCUUCGUAUCCUAAAGGCUGUUGCCAUUGAACAUUCAAAGGAUGUUGAUGCAGCUGUUGAAUUUGUUCUUUCAGAAGUUUUACCAUGUAUAAGUGAAUCAAGGGAUACAUCUUAUACUCUUGAUAAUGCUUAUGACAUGGAACAUUCACUUGCCAGUGCUGGAAUAAACAAGCAGGAUAGUUUGUUGGGACAUCAGGGAGCCAAAGAGAAUAGAAGUCUGCUCCCAGAACCACUUGUUGUAUGUGAAAGCACUUUUUCUGAUAUUUACACACAUGCAGCUAAUGCUAAGUCAUCAUGCAUGGAGAAAUCAGAAGGCAAAGGUUCACAUAUUGAACAUGUAGGUGGGCCAAAUAAGCCAAGUUUGUUAUUGUGUCCACAUGAAGCUGUUGAAGUUACUGCAAGUCCAUCAUCACAAGCAAAACUGAUGGAAGAUGUAAUAGACCUUAUUUUUGAUCAUACAAUUAAUUCUUUUCACUCAAAGCCACACUCCUUGGAUGAAAUAGUUAUGGACACUACACCUUCCAAUAUCCAUGUCCAUGAUCACCUAUCCAAUGCAGCACAUCGAAAGGCAGUCGAUCUGGUAGAACAAAUAGUUGAACCAAGUCAGGGAUUGGCAAAAGAUGAGUGUGUUUCUUUUGAUGGUAAUGUCCAAGAAUUGUAUAGGACAGAGGCUAACAGUACUGUAACAUGUGUUGGUGUGCAAGCUCAGCAUUUUUCAUCCUCAAUCCUUGAAGAUGGUACAGAUAUAAUGGAAUCUGGUGCUGCUGUAGAGAAGGAUAUGAAUGGUUAUGAAGGUGAACAUAAAGAACAAUUAUCAAGAUGUUUAACAGAGGCUGCAAAUAUCCAGGAUUUAUGUGAUUUAGAAGUUAAUCACUCUGUUGUAACUUCCUUUACCCCGUGUGGUGAUAUCUCAUCAUCUAAUCUUGAAAACAGUACGGACUCUGUGAAGUGUGAAACUGGACAUGUGAAUACCGACACUUCUAUAUCUGAAUUUGAAAAACAGCAGCCGAGGUGUCUUACUGAGAAUGAUGCUGAGUUGUUGGCCUUUGAGAAUAAGAUGGCUUCUGUGGGUGAUAAUUGUCAAUCUUCCAUGGUAGCUACUCAAUCUGGCCAGGAUGUAAACAUUAAUUUUCUCAAAGAUUUUAUCCUUGAUGCUAAAAACAGCAAGAAAACAUUGGCAUCUGCCUUGGAAUCAGUUAUUAAUAUGGUAAAAGCAGUAGAGCUUCAUGAGGAGAGAGCCAAACAAGCUAAAGAAGAAGUUAUCAUGGCUGGUCAGGAUAUUCUUACCAAGGUGGAGGACCUCAAACAGAUGGUGAAACAUGCACAGGAAUCAAACGAUAAGAGAGCUGGGGAAGUUUAUCAUGAGAAAUCCAUAUUAACAACUGAAGUUCAGGAGCUUCAGUCCCGGCUUAUCAAUAUGUCAGAUGAAAGAAACAAAUCCCUUUUAAUCCUUGACAAGAUUCGCCAAAAUCUUGAAGCACGAUUAGCUGCUGCAGAGGAAGCACGGGCAAGAGCUGAGCAGGAAAAGCUUGAAAAGGAAGAAUUGGCUCGCCAGGUUCUUAACGAGGAGGCCACCAUCAUGAUGACCGUGGAGCAUGAGUCCAGAAGACUCCAACAGGAAGCAGAGGAGAACUCCAAGUUGAGGGAGUUCUUAAUGGAUCGUGGCCGCAUUCUUGACAUCUUGCAAGGAGAGAUAGCCGUUAUUUGUGAGAAUGUGCUGUUGUUCAAAGAAAGAGUUGAUGGACAUGCUUCACUCAACAAAUCAAAAACAUUGCUGACUUGCAGCUCGGCCUCCUCAACCAGCUCUUUAUAUAAUAAAAGGUUAUUCUCUGACCAAGUUCUUCAUCCUCCAGAUAGAGAGAGCUCAAGAAUUAAUGAAAAGUCAUCUGAAAAUGAGCUUCUGGAAGGAUUUGUCUGCGAGAAUCACGAUGCAUCUCUUGAUGAUGACUGGGAAAUUUGUGAUGCUUAGACUGAGGUGUACAGCUGAUAACCUGUGGUUAUGUCUGAACAGCUUGUAUCAGAUAUUGAAGGCUUGCUUCUUGACCUGCAUCAAAUUAUCCUUCCAUUUCCCUUUUUGGUUUCUUAAAAGUAAGAUAGGAACUACAUUAAAGAUUGUCUAUGCAUCAGUUGUACACAUGUAUGGUUGAUUGCCACUCUUUGCAGUUGUAAAUAUGUGUGUGUUCAUCUUAAAAACACUUUUAUUCCAAUCCCUUCUUCAA